GAACACAUUUCCGUUCCGACCGUUAAAUCUGUCCGACAGAGAAAUUCUGCUGAUAGUUUAUUUCGUAACUUGUAACUGAAUGUAAGAUUAUUGUAAAAUGCUCAACGUGAAAACCACGUCAGGUGAAACCAGCUCGUCACGAAUGAUCCUUAAAACCUUUUCCUUGAUCUGCGCGAUGUUUUUAUUGGCAGCGUCGGCAGCGGCGGAGGAGAUGAUGCACAUUCCCGGAGGGAGGAUGAUAAUGGGAACCAGUGCAGCCGAUGGGAGAGACGGGGAGGCUCCCACUCAGGAGGUCCGGCUGCAGCCCUUUGACAUCGACACCUAUCCGGUUACCAAUGCCGACUUCAGAGACUUUGUGAGGGCGCAGAAGUACAAAACCGAGGCUGAGACAUUCGGUUGGAGCUUUGUGUUUCAAGACUUUGUGCCAGAAGAGCUGAAGAGCAAAGUCACCCAGAGGAUUGAGUCCGCUCCUUGGUGGCUGCCCAUAGAGCGAGCGUUCUGGAGACAGCCCGCAGGACCCGGUUCGGGCAUUCGGGAGCGCCUGAGCUUCCCGGUGGUUCAGGUGAGCUGGAACGACGCUCAGGCCUUCUGCCGGUGGAAAGGCAAGAGACUGCCCACUGAGGAGGAGUGGGAGUGGGCUGCGCGUGGGGGGCUGCAAGGUAGGACGUAUCCGUGGGGAAACAAGUUCCAGGGCAACAGAACCAACCUGUGGCAGGGAUCCUUUCCGGAUGGAGACACUGCAGAGGAUGGAUACCAUGGUGUUGCCCCUGUCACGGCGUUUCCUUCUCAGAACAGUCAUGGACUGUACGACAUGAUGGGAAACACGUGGGAAUGGACGUCCACGCCUUUUUCAGCAGCUCAACCCAUGUUCGUGCUGCGGGGGGGCUCCUGGAUCGACACGGUGGACGGCUCAGCCAAUCAUAAAGCCCGAAUAACGACCAGGAUGGGCAACACUCCGGACUCUGCCUCGGACAACCUGGGAUUCAGGUGUGCGGCCGGUGAUGGACACAAACAAGGGAAGAAGAAAGCCCAAGCUGAACUUUAGCAAAACAUCAAGAGAAAGACAAUAAUGUCCUGCGGAGUGAAAUAAAGACAGAGAAAAAGGAAUCCCGGGCACAAGUAUUAAUGACUAAUCAUGGAUUUGAAUGUGGGACGAUGAUGAUUAAGAGGGAAAAAAAAUGUUUCUCCUGUGGAGAACUUUUACCAAAACAAGAAUAUCAUCCAAAUCAUUGUACAGGAAUUACUGAAGAGACAUUUUGUCUCAUUGACUAAUGUCACUGAAUUAAAUAGAACAGACUGUCACUGCUGAUCUUCCUUCUACACGCUGGGAUCCGUCUUUUGUUGGUUUUUAUGUGACCGGAGAGUAAAUCGGUCCGUUUGUUUAGUCACCGCCUCCAAUAAUCCCGUCUUUGUACUUUUGUUUACUUUCUCACUAUGAAUACCCCGUUGAGCGGAUGUUUGGACUCAUUCUGUCCAACGCCACAGAAGAUUUUCUCUAAACUCCAGUUUUGCUUUCAGUGUAAAGGACUUUCUAGCAGGUCGAACAAUCCCGAUAACAAUAUUUAGUCGGCAGGGAAAUCCCAGCUGAGCACUUUUUAACUUGUGUUAGAAAACAGUGUUAGAAAAAAUAAAACACGUAGUUUAAGUUUUUUAAGUAAAAAAAAAAGCUAAUUAUGCAAAACCUCUUUGAAUUGGGCUUUUUAACAUUUUUGCACUCUCUGAUAUUAGUCUCAUGAUGUAAAACUGCUGCAUGAUAAAUGAGUAGUUUAAGGAUCUGGAUGCCAUGUGUCUCUUUUGUUAGACGUUUUUCUUGCAGGGAUUUUUCUGUUCUGUAUAGUUUAUAACUUAUUUCCCAGAAUAUUUCUGCAACAGCAGAAACAAAUCUUGGUGUUUUUAUUUUUUAAUUAGAACUGUCUCACCCAACUAGCAAGACAGUAUUAAAUUAAGCAAAAUAAGGCUGAA